AUGAACAAUAAUGAAAAAGAAAGGGGAGAUAACAAUAAUGAAAGGAAUCAUUUAAAAGUAUGCCGGAAAAACUUUUUUUCUUUAGAUUACAAAGAGCAGCACUUAGAUGAUGCUGCUGCAGUGGAUUUCGAAUCUAUUACUACCACUACUACCACUAUUAUCAUUACCAUCACCACUACUACUAUCACCACUGCUGUUACUACUAUCACUAUUACCACUGCUACUACCACUCCACUGUUUGCUGCUAAAUUUAAGCUUAUUAUCAGUUUGGAAGGAGAAAAAAAAGGAAGGCGAAAAGGAAAAGAGGAAGGAAAAUGA